CAGCCAUCUUGUACUUCGAGCGAGGGGCAGAUCGGAAGGAAGGAAGAAAAGCAGAACAAAAUAACAGUGUUUUGCGUUAUAAGGUCAGUAAUGUCCGUCAAGUGACUGAAUCCAACGAGAAGACAGUGUUGAGGAGUGAUCGGAGGGGGUAACGUUACAUCAGAGAAAGCUGCUCCAGUGCCUCGGGAUUCAAGACGUACCAGUCAUCCUCUUCAUCAUUAUCAUCGCCUCUGCUCGCAGAGAAAAGAGUCUGAUCUCCUGCUGAACCCAACGACAACGAUACAAACACACCAUGAAUCCAGAAUAUGACUACCUGUUCAAACUGCUCCUCAUCGGUGACUCUGGAGUAGGAAAGUCGUGUCUGCUGUUGAGAUUUGCUGAUGACACGUACACUGAAAGCUACAUCAGCACCAUAGGCGUGGACUUCAAGAUCCGCACCAUUGAACUUGAUGGCAAAACCAUUAAGCUACAGAUUUGGGACACUGCAGGGCAAGAAAGAUUUCGAACCAUCACCUCCAGUUACUAUCGAGGAGCUCACGGUAUCAUUGUGGUCUAUGAUGUCACGGAUCAGGAGUCAUAUAAUAAUGUGAAACAGUGGCUACAGGAAAUAGACCGCUACGCUAGCGAGAACGUCAACAAGCUGCUGGUGGGGAACAAAUGUGACCUCACCACCAAGAAAGUAGUGGACUACACAACAGCCAAGGAAUUUGCUGACUCUUUAGCAAUCCCCUUCCUUGAGACGAGUGCUAAGAAUGCCACGAAUGUGGAGCAGGCCUUCAUGACUAUGGCUGCCGAGAUCAAGAAGCGCAUGGGCCCUGGAGCGACAACCGGAGGAGACAAGCCCAACCUGAAGAUCGAGAGCACUCCUGUGCGGCAGUCUGGCGGUGGCUGCUGUUGAAGAGCUUGAGCGUCCACACACACGCACACACACAUACACAUACACACACAACCAUCCCGUUCCCUUUCAAACACAUUUUUCACACACACCAAAAAAAAAAGCAUUCUCACGGGAGGAACCACUGCAUUAAGAGCCAACGUCUAACAGCCUUACGGCUUCAUUUAUAACACCAUAGUCUUGUUUUUAUUCUCCUUAGCCUUUCCUUUUGUGUAAGACACCUCACCCCUUUUUCCUCCCUGUGCACAUUAACAACCCCGCCCAUAUCCAUACCCCUGUACUCUGUACUUAAAAUCCAGGAUGGAGCUUUGGUACAGUCAUAUGUCCAUGUAUGGAAAGAGAUGUCUAUAAUGAGAGCAGAUAAGGGUGAUUCGUGAAUCCUCCUUUUAAACAACUAGCGAGGUUGUGUUAAGUACGUUAACCUCUCUAGUAUUUCUAAUUCUCUCACACGCCUCUCGAAUGAGGUUUGUGGGUGAAAGCAUGGCUUCUGAGGCUGAAUCGACAGGAAGUCAACUGCAUACAAAGUCGGCAAUAUUCUAUACUUGUUCUCAUCCUACUAGUAUAUUGUUAUUAUGGUGAUUUUUAAGACUGAUUUGUGUUUUGUUUGUUUUUUUUUCUGUAGGUUUUUGAUUUUCUAAUGAAGGCUUGUACAAAGGCUUACUGCUGUCAUUGAUGUAGUCUGGUCAGGGAAGGGACGGAUAGGGUUGUUUUUCGCUCAUAAUCUGGAUUUGGGGGGUCUAGGCUUUUAGGCUGGUCAAUGAAAGCUACUGUUCCCUCUAUUACCUCAAUGACUUCUGCUACUUUUGAGUGUUCUGCCAUCGCAGGUUCAAAAUGAAUGCACGAACACAUCUUGACAUGUUGAGGUUGUUUCCUCCUACAGUUUUGUGGCUUUGGUUUAAGACCUCAGAUUUAUAAUUUGGUGUCGUUUUACCAUCUUAUUGAGCCAAACUUCCAAUCUGUAGUCAUCGCUGCUGCCAAAAACGGUCCAUCAUGCAUUGUGUGCGCUUUGUGUUUAUUUACGUAUGGUAAAUAUAUUUGUAAAGGGCCUUAAAUUCGCCACAGGUGAAAGUGUGGUAGUUCCAUGGAUCCGGUUUAGUGUGCUGUGUUUGUGUGGGAAUAUUGUGUGUUACAUCUAGGAAUAUUGGGAUUGACUGGUCCAGCGUAGAAGACCGGAUAUGACCUCCCAUGUUCUUUAAAAUUAAAAAUAUUCGUACACUUAGAUUCUAGCUUUCAAAUCUACCUACAGAUGGAUCUUUAAAGGUCUAGAAGCUCAUUCAGAUGUUGCCUUCGUUGAUCAAAGAGGUUUAUAUGGAACCUGCACUCCUCUCGACUUAACUACAACUCAAUCCUAUCAGCGUUUUCAAACAAAAACUGCAAAUGAUUGGUCUGACGACAGUGUUUUUGACCUGGCUGUUUUAUUAUGUACAACGUGGAUCUAGAAAACGUAGAGUUUGUGAACUUCGCUAGUAUUAGUGCGUCUUAACUAGUCUCACCAUCGUGAUGUUAGAUCACCUUCGCUCACUGAGCCAGUGUAAUCUAGUUUUACACCACUAACAUCUGCCAAUGUUAACGUAACCGCACAUUUUCAUCACUAAUAUGGUAUACUGGAUUUGCUUGUACUGUUUUGUAAGUGAACUGGGAGCGUCGGGUUGGAGGGAGCAGUAGCAGGGAUAUGGGUGCGUGUGCAAUGGCUGGGAAGGAGGGUCGGGCAAGGGGCAACUGCGUUGGGGAACAUUCCUUUGAUUUUAAAACCGGUCCGUCGUGGAUCCCGCGUUACGUCUGUGUGAAAAUAAAGUCUCAUUUAAACCCUGCACUCGUUCACACACUAAACAAGUGCUUUUUUGGGAUGCGUUCGGAAGGGUUGUUUUCUCAGAACGUCUGCUGUCUUUCGAUCUAUGAAUUUUGCGGUAAUGUUAUCGGAAAGAUGAAGGGUAUGGGGAGGGGGGUGGUUACUUAUGAAUGUGAUGGAGCGUUCUUAUGCUUUUCGUCUUUUUACUUUUUACCCAUGUCAUUUGCACAUCUCAUUUUUUUCAAUUAAGACACGGCGAUGGUAAAAUGGCAAGCACCUCUUUAGUAGUUUCCCCACCUAAUAUACACGCUCUUUCUCUAUCCCCCUUUGCUUGCUCACCCCGGUGCUGUUUCAUAGCUGGGUUUGAUCUUGUUUUCUCUUCUCUGUACAUAUUAUAAAUAUAUAUAAUAAAAUGAUCAACAUGAGACUUAAAAAUGA